AUGGAGCAAUCAAAUCCGGCCAAUCGUACCGUACCUGUCGUAAGUAUGAGACCACCCCCUCAUGAAGCGACGAGUCCAUGUAGCUCUAGCAGCAGUAGGGGUAGCCCAAGCGGCAUGGGUAACCGGAAUCGUAGUGUCAGCAUGAAUAUGCAUUCUAACGCACCGCCCAGCAAGAAACAGCGAGCUUCCGACGAUGAAAACGAACAAGCGACGCCGCCACGGGCCCCUGCAUCUGGUCCGACAUCCCCAUACUCCACUACCGAGGCGGUGGAUCCAACGUUGGCAAUUUCAAAAGUGCAAGACCAAGCAGUUGACGCAACGGAAUACUCAAAUAUCAGACAGGAUCAACUUGACAGAUUCACUGCUCCGAAACAUGGGCCAGCACUUAAAUCGGACAGAGAUUCUUCAUCUGACGAAAGUGACGUUAAUGAAGAGGCUUUUUUAAAUUGGCUGAUGGAUCAAAAGACUACUGGAAUGCCUGCUGGACAAAUGCUGGAUGCUCUGGGUCUUGGUGUCGCAGAUGGAGCUGCAGUGGAUGAUGACGAACUUUGGGAAGCGAUGUUCUCUAUGGGCAUUCGGCUUAUUCAAUCGACAGCAACACGACCACGAGAAAAACUGGACAGUGUCAAUACGCUUCAGGACGUGGUUUCUUUGCUGCGCUCGAGUGAAAAGAUUGUGGUGCUAGCAGGAGCCGGUAUUUCAGUAUCCUGUGGUAUCCCAGAUUUUCGAUCCGAGAAUGGCAUCUACAACCGCUUAGGAGAGUACAAUCUCCCGAAUCCACAAUGCAUGUUUGACAUCGAGUUCUUUCGAUCCAACCCAAAACCUUUUUUUGCGUUUGCAAAAGAACUAUUUCCUAAAUCCAAUGGGUUUACUUUCGUGCCAUCUCCAAGUCACUACUUUUUAAAGUUGCUGGAAGAGAAGGGCAAGCUUCUUCGGAUAUACAGUCAAAAUAUCGACAUGCUAGAACACGCAGCAGGUAUUUCUCAUGAGCACGCUGUGCUUUGCCACGGCUCGUUUGCAACAGCGACAUGUUUGGCUUGCAAACGAAUGUAUCCAAACGAUGCAAUUCGCGAGGACGUGCAGAAUCAGCGAGUGCCAAUGUGUCGGUCUUGCAACUCUCCUGAUGGAAUUAUAAAGCCAGAUAUCGUGUUUUUCGGCGAAUCAUUGCCACGACGCUUCCAUGACUCCGUGAAGACUGACGAAGGUGAAGCAGACCUUGUGCUUGUUAUGGGAUCGUCACUCAAAGUGAAUCCGGUACGGAGCAUUGUUGGUCGCUUUAAGAAGGAUACACCCAUGAUCUUAAUCAACAGAGAACCAGUGGGCCGUCCACACAAGUUUGACGUAGAACUUUUAGGGUAUUCGGAUGAGAUUGUGCACGAGUUGUGCCGAUUACUUGGAUGGGACAUUCCGCAGCCUGAUCCGGUACUAUUGGGCCAAUCUGACCUCCCAUUGCCUCCAAUUGCAUCUGCAAGAGCUCUCGCGCCUGUAUCGUUUGAAUUUGUUCCUCCUUCCAGGCAUUUGUUUAAUGGCUCCAAGUCCACUUAUUGCAGCUCGAGUGACGAAGAAUGUAGCAAUUCGUCAGGUGAUGAAAGUGUUGGCAAGGAGGAAGCUGCACAGAUUAAUUCUGAAACUGUAGAAGUAGUGUUGGAUGCAGAUUGUGAGCCGAAAACAUCGAACCAUGAAGGUUUGUCAUGGAAAGAUCAAGACGAGCUAUUUGGAAGUGGCAAUGAUUUAUUGGGAACGUCAAGCGUUAAUGACAAUUGA